CUGUAUUUUAUUUAUUUCAGCCUUCUCUCUCUUUUUUUCUUAGUCUAGAUAAAGGCUUGUGGAUUUUGUUUUUUAAACCAGCUCUUUAUUUCAUUGAUCUUUAUUUUAUUAGUCUUUUUUUAUUUCUUCUCUGAGCUUUAUUAUUUCCUUUUUAGUUUGCCAAUUUUGCCAAUUUUGAGUUUUGUUUGUUCCUGCUUAUCUCUAGCCUAAGUCUUAAAGAUUAAGAGCCUGUGAACAGAAUAUUGGCAGAAAUAUGGACAAUAAAGGCCUUUCUGAUGAGGUCUCAGAUGGAAAUGAGGAAUAUCUUAUUAGAAACUGAAGGCUUGAGAAAAAUGUCCUUAAGUGUCCUAAACUUGCAUCAAACCCACUUACUCAUCAAACCCCACUUAUGACUUCCCUUAGAGGACAAGGGACAUUUCAGCUCAGUUAUACACUGCUGUUCGCAAUUCCUGCCAUUUUUUUCUCUUCCUUUGACCCCUGGCCUAGGUCUCCAGCUCACUGAAAACAGCCUCCCCUGAUGAGCACACCAUUGUUAUGUAAUAGCCUAACCCUUACCCCUCACCUAUCAGGGGGUGCCAAGCCUGCAGACUCACUCUGCUUUCCUCAUAACUGCUCUGAGGAGAAGGCUGAAGACUGAGGAAUCCUCUUUCUGCCUCCCAUUUGACUGCAUUGUCUUUGGUCAAAGCCUCCCUUAUUCAUGGGACCUGCCUGGGUCCAGGACCCCUUGACAGGUGCUCUCUGGCUGCCUGUCCUCUGGGCACUCUUGUCCCAGGUCUAUUGUUUUCAUGACCCACCAGGAUGGCGCUUCACUUCCUCAGAAAUUGUGAUCCCCAGGAAAGUGCCCCACAGGAGGAGUGGAGUUGAGAUGCCAGACCAACUCUCUUACAGCAUGCGUUUCCAGGGCCGAAGACACGUGAUUCACAUGAAGCUAAAGAAGAACAUGAUGCCCAGACAUUUACCUGUUUUUACUGAUAAUGACCAAGGGGCCAUGCAGGAGAACUACCCUUUCGUCCCACAAGACUGUUACUACGACUGCUACCUGGAAGGGGUUCCUGGGUCUGUGGCCACAUUGGACACCUGCCGUGGAGGUCUGCGUGGCAUGCUGCAGGUGGAUGACUUGACUUAUGAAAUCAAACCCCUGGAGGCUUCUUCCAAAUUUGAGCAUGUAGUAUCUCUGCUUGUGUCAGAAGAAAGACCAGGAGAGGUUAGUAGAUGUAAGACUGAAGGGGAAGAGAUAGAUCAAGAAUCUGAAAAGGUAAAACUGGCUGAAAUUCCCAGAGCAGGCCACGUUUAUUUGUGGAGGCAUCACAGAAAAAACUUGAAACUUCACUACACGGUUACUAAUGGAUUAUUCAUGCAGAACCCUAAUGUGUCACACAUAAUAGAGAAUGUAGUGAUUAUUAACAGCAUCAUACAUACCAUUUUCAAACCAGUUUAUUUAAAUGUCUAUGUGCGUCUUUUGUGCAUAUGGAAUCAAAAGGAUGCAGUAAAAUUUUCUGGCAGGCAAGGCCACGUUGCCGUAGAACUGUUUGGUGUGUGGAAAUAUCACAAUUUGUAUCCAAAAAUUUCACAUGAUACCUCAGUUGUUUUUACAUCAACUCGACUUAAAAACAGUGAGUGUUAUGCCAGCUUUGAUGGAAUAUGCAACCCCAACUGGGGAGCAAUGUUUGUGUAUUUAAUGAAUUAUCACCUAUUUAGGGGGGCAUGUGUUACAGCACAUGCACUAGGUCAUAACAUGGGCUUGAGACAUGAUUCUGUUGGUUGUUAUUGUUUUCGACGAACCAACUGUCUCAUGGCUCCUGUUCCUGAUCUUAAUGAUAUGAUGAGCAAUUGUUCUUAUGAGAUAAUUCAACACAAGUUUAAUCAGUGGGAUCCUUGUUUGAGUGCUCCAAAUGUUCCAUACACUAAUUUUCCAUACGUAGCUCCUCGUUGUGGAGACAAGAUCAAAAAUCAGAGGGAAGAAUGUGACUGUGGCUCCCUUAAAGAUUGUGCCAGUGAUAGAUGUUGUGAGACCUCUUGUACCCUUUCUCUUGGCAGUGUUUGCAAUACAGGACUUUGCUGCCAUGAGUGUAAAUAUGCUGCCCCUGGAGUGGUUUGCAGAGACUUGGGUGGUAUAUGUGAUCUACCGGAAUACUGUGAUGGGAAAAAGGAAGAGUGUCCAAAUGACGUCUACAUCCAGGAUGGAACCCCUUGUUCAGCAGUAUCUGUUUGUAUAAGAGGAAACUGCAGUGACCGUGAUAUGCAGUGUCAAGCCCUUUUUGGCUACCAAGUGAAAGACGGUUCCCCAGCGUGCUAUCAAAAAUUGAAUAGGAUUGGUAACCGAUUUGGAAACUGUGGGGUUAUUCUACGGCGAGGGGGAAGCAGACCUUUUCCAUGUGAAGAAGAUGAUGUUUUUUGUGGAAUGCUGCACUGUAGCGGUGUCAGCCACAUUCCCGGUGGAGGUGAGCACACUACAUUUCGUAAUAUAUUAGUACACGACAUAAAAGAAGAAAAAUGCUUUGGCUAUGAAGCACACCAGGGGACAGACUUGCCAGAAAUGGGGCUGGUAGUGGAUGGUGCAACCUGUGGCCCAGGGAGCUACUGUCUUAAACACAAUUGUACUUUUUAUCAAGACCUGCAUUUUGAGUGUGAUCUUAAAACAUGCAAUUACAAAGGAGUAUGUAACAACAAAAAACAUUGUCACUGUCUGCAUGAGUGGCAACCACCAACAUGUGAACUGAGAGGAAAAGGGGGUAGUAUAGAUAGUGGCCCUCCACCUGACAAACAAUAUCGUAUUGCAAGCAGCAUACUUGUAAAUACAAACCGAGCACUAGUUUUAAUAUGUAUUCGUUACAUCCUUUUUCUGGUUUCGCUUCUCUUUGGUGGCUUUUUACAAGCAAUACAAUUUUAGGGAAGAGAAAGGGAAAGAGCCCACACAAUGGAGUAAAUUACAUUGACACUUACUGGGAGAUGUAAUCAAUAGUCACUCUGACAAUUAUAUCAUCUUUUAGCAAUUCUGAUGUCAUCUUGAAAUAAAAUCACUUGGCAAUUUAAAAA